UAAUUACACUCAAGCCCACCACCGAACUUCCCAAAAAACUCCAUCAAAAUGCAGGCAGCUUUGUGCUUCCCACCAUCUACUCUCCCCCUCCUCACCCCCACCAAACCCUUCUCCCCACCCAAAAACCCCAUUUCUAAGCUACAAACCUCCCCAUUUCCACCCUUAAGAGCAACCUCCAAGCUCCAGGAAACCCCUUCAACAGUUGAUUACAGCUCCACAACCUCUGUCUUCCCAGCAGAGGCUUGUGAGGUGGUUGGAGGGGAAGCUUGUGAUGCUGAAAUGUAUCCAGAAGUGAAGCUCAAAGCCGAGGCCGGAAACCCCCCGGCCAGGUCGGCCACAGAGGGUGUGGACAGAGAAUAUUUGGAGUAUAACAGUCCCAAAACGGUUUUCCCAGGAGAGGCCUGUGAUGAUCUUGGAGGAGAAUUCUGCGAACCCGAGUACCAGGAAGGAGUUUUCCAGGAGAAAUAGAAAAUCAUAGAAAAUUGUAGUAGUCCUCUCUUUGCUUUCUCCUUUGUUUCUUCUCUCUAUUGUGAAUGGUCCACUACUCGCUACUGUAACUAAGUUUUUGUGCAGAUUAUGAAUAGAAAUCAAACCGUAAUUAAUCGUAA